UUGAAAUGGGUGCAAACUGUCAGGUUAUCUAAAUGCGUCUAUCUCAAGAUUUCCUCCCACACUUAUAAGAGAAGGUGCCUAAGUAAGAGAGAGAGAGACAAAGUCCAGCUUGUGUUGAAAUGCUCAUUCCCAGAGGGCUUUGUUUCUACAGCUUUCCAGCCUGAACAGAGAGCAGCUGUGACACCCAGGACUCGGAGUGAACGCAGAGCAGGUGCCACCGUCGCUCCGAUCCACAGAAGCCAUGACUAAAACAACCACGUGCGUGUACCACUUUCUUGUUCUGAACUGGUACAUUUUCCUCAAUUAUCACAUCCCACAGAUUGGAAGGGAUGAGGAGAAGCUAAAGGAAUUCCACGACGGUGGGCGAUCCAAGUACUUGACACUCCUUAAUCUGCUCUUGCAGGCCAUUUUCUUUGGGGUCGCCUGCCUGGACGAUGUACUGAAAAGAGUCAUCGGAAGGAAAGACAUCAAGUUCGUCACAUCCUUCAGAGAUCUGCUCUUUACCACAUUGGCUUUUCCUAUAUCCACGUUUGUGUUCUUGGUAUUCUGGACUCUCUUUCACUACGACCGGAACCUCGUUUACCCCAAGGGCUUGGACGAUUUCUUCCCAGCAUGGGUUAACCACGCAAUGCAUACCUCCAUAUUUCCCUUUUCGCUGUUUGAAACCAUUCUCAGACCACACCACUACCCAUCGAAGAAGCUAGGACUUGCCUUGCUGGGUGCUUGUAAUUUUGCCUACAUCAUCAGGAUCCUGUGGCGCUACGUUCAGACUGGAAACUGGGUGUACCCCGUGUUUGCCUCCCUCAGCCCGCUGGGUAUUAUCCUCUUUUUCUCAGCCACUUACGUCCUGAGUGCCGGCAUCUACUUGUUUGGAGAGAAGAUCAAUCACUGGAAAUGGGGUGCCAUAGCGAAGCCACAGAUGAAGAAGAAUUGACUACAUACCAUUUUCCAAGAGCCAUGGAAGAAGGAAGUUAAGAACUGGUCAUCUUUCUAUUAUUCUCACAUUAUCAUUGUUUCUUUUUGGAUCAGGGGUGGACUUGCUUGGGGAGAUAGAAAGGACGGAGAGUGCUGCAUAGUUUUAAUAAAGAGUAUAAAGGGAGCUUCGCUUGGGAUCUCUUGGUUUUCUAAAAGGC